UGUGCCACCAGAGCAGGGCUGCAGACAUGCAGGCCGACACCGUCUUCCUUGUGUGUCCCCUGAUUUUUGCAACAUUGUGGAGGGGGGUGCAGGCCGUCUCUCCUGUACCCUCAGUCCCUGACCGUGUCCAGGCUCUGGUGGGCACCUGUGUGGUUAUUCCCUGCUCCUUUACGCCUCAUCCUAUCAGGGGUAGGAAGCAGAGAGUGGAUGUGCGGCUAAGGUUCAGAGGUGGUGGCACUUUUUUUCCUCUUCAGAGCACUGCUUUUAACAGCCAGGACAAAGGCCAAGUGAGCAGGGAUUUCCAAGGCAGAGCAUCCCUCUUUGGCAAAAUCGCAGAUGGCGACUGCUCAGUGAAAAUCGAAAGGAUCAGGGAGGAUGACCCCCAGGUGUUUGAAAUUUCUCUGAAGACAGUGGGCGACUCACUCUGGGGGAAGCCAAGGAGCUUCAAUCUGGACCGUAUUUACACCCCUGAAGCUCCUGUCAUCAGUGGCAUCAUGUCAGCCACAGAAGGACAACUGGUCACCCUGAACUGCUCUGUCAACUACCACUGCCCCUCCAGACUGCCUGAUCUGCAGUGGAGGUGGGAGCGAGGAGCCCAGAAGAACAUAACUGAACCUGGGGAAGUAACGACACUCUACCCAGAUCCCCACAGGAAGAUUUUACUGGCCUCUUUGACCUUCACUGUAACACACCAGGUGAAGUCCAAGCUCAGGUGUCAGGUCAUCUUCCCAGGCCCUAAAACACUAUCCACUUUGAAGGACCUACAUGUGACGUUUCCUCCGAAAGAUGUGAAGAUUCAAGUCCAGACCCUGACAGUGAAGGAGGGGGGCAAUGCACUGCUGAUGUGCUCAUGUAAGGCUGACCCUCCAGCAACAGAGUACCACUGGUCCUAUAGUCAACAUGGCCGCACUGUGCACCUCCAUCAGCGAACGCACACAGUCCGGCUGUACAACGUGACUCGAGAUAUGAGGGUCCAGUGCACAGCUCAGAACCUGAUUGGCCGAGGAGAAUCUCGGCCCACAACUCUUAAUAUACAAUAUAAGCCAGCCAUCAUCCAGCUCUCCUCCACCUGUACUGUAGAGGAUUCAGAGGUCGUGUGCCAGUGUUCAGUCGACUCCAACCCCAAACCUGCAAUCACCUGGAGCAUUAAUGGGUCUGUUCCACCUCAAGAUUACAACGUGUCUGUAACAUCAGAGCCCAGUGUGCUAACGGCUAUUCUGAGAGGGCAGAUGGAAAAACCUCAGAAGGUGAUUUGCUUUGCUUUCAACGCUCUGGGAAACGACUCGCUGGUCUUGCUGCAGGGAGAAGAAGAGACAGCAUUUUUCCUGUGGUUGAUUUUACCUGCUGUCACCGUUGUCCUGGUCAUAUUCCUCCUGGCCCUUCUUGUCUACUACUGCAAAAAGAGAGCUAGAAAGCACAUUCUAAGAAGACAUCCCACCAUGUACCCUGGAGGAUUGGAAAUUUAUCAGGACAGGAUGCCUCUUUAUAUAAACUGCACAGAAGUGACUCAUGUUUACACCAAUGGCAGCUACCAGCUUGUGUACCAGAACUGCACGCCUCUUUUUGUCCGCACUAAGCAGAUCCGUCCAGUGGGCAGGAGGGGUGGGGAGAGACGAAGACCUGGACCAGGUGGAGGAAUUAACCAACAAGCUGGUCAGGAAGUCAGAGGUGUAAGAGAGGUGCAGGGUACAGCUGUGGAAGAUGCAGAGACGGGCAUCUACCUGGAGAUUCUCUAAGCACAAAGCUAAAUUACAGUUACAUUGUACAUUAUAUUAAUACUGGUUGUUAUUCAAAUGUUUCUUUAGUUCUCUUUAGUGUGUGAAUGUGUGCGUGAAUGGGUGAAUGACUGAAUGUAGUGUAAAGCGCUUUGGGGUCCUUAGGGACUAAGUAAAGCGCUAUACAAAUGCAGGCCAUUUACCAUUUUACCAUUUCUCAGGAUAUUGCAUACAGUGCAAAUCGAUACGUGUAUAUAUAUAUGUCAUUUGCAUUUGAUAACAAUGCACUCUGAUCUGUGGUAGGUCUAUCUUUCUUCUAGUUUCCAAACUGAACAAUUUCUGCCAUCGAGUGACAGAGAUGUUCUUUGCUCUUCAAAAAAAAGGGAGAGAUGAAAAGGUUUGAUGAAACAGUUUUCAUCAUUUUAUCUGUGAAGCCCUUGAGGAAAAAAAGAAAACAGACCCUCAAAUCUGAUGUAGUCUGACCAGACCAGUCAGUUGCAUUUCUAAAAGCAGCUGGAGCACAAAAGUGAUCCUCAGGAAGCUUUUAAAGUUUCUCUGGAAGGACAAAGAGCUGCUCCAGCUGUGAUGAAAUGUAUAACAUUCAUUACAUCAGCAGUGACUCUGUUGUGUUAAGCAUACCUGGAAGUUUUUCUUGUCUUAGAACGUUAAUGCCUACUUUAUGGCUAUUGUUUAACUAAUUUCCCAUAGUGUUCAUCACUUGAGUAUAUGUAUUUCAAGAGUUCAAUUGUAAACAACAAAAAGAAUAAUGCAGAGAAUCCUUCCUUUCAUGCUCAUCUAUUCGAAAAGUCAAAUUUAUUUACAUGUUUGAUUGUGAACUUUUUUUCUUCACUUUUUUUGUAUGCAUACUGAAUCAGUGCACAUUUAUUUACACUGGUCUGUACAAACGUUGCCUAUAUUACAUCUUCGAGAGCUUUCUUAUCUAAUUUUAUACUACUGUAAUUAUGUGUAUAUUGCUGAUUUAUGAUGCACUCUCAAUUUAAAAACAAAAACCUAUUAUUGGGCUCUUUUUGUUGCUGGUGUAAUGCAUAAUUUUGGAGAUAUGGUGUUAUCGAACACUGACAGCUGAAAGACUAUGAAUUCAGAAAUCUAAUGUACAUUCUUCCUGCUCUGAGAUCUUAAACUAUCUGCUCACGACGUUUAAAAGUGUAUAUUUUGUCACAAAAGAGA